AUGAGUCCUUCUGUAGAUUUUUAUCGGGAGGUUGACCUAGUGAAAGAGUCUGUGAUUCCGGAACAGGACGGAGUUGUUAUCUCUUCGGACGCUAAAGAGGCAGCAAUUUCCUCUAAUUAUGAUCUCAAACCAGUUUCUGGGAAAGCUUUGAAAUUGGUCGGUGAUAAUGAACUUGUAGACGGGAUAUCAGUCCGGUAUCCUGGCUAUUUGGCCGGGUUUUUCCACAAUAUGAGAUUGAAAUUAGUCAAUACUAUAGAUAAAGUUACGAAUGUUAUUGAUGAGAAAUCAUCAAUUUAUUAUAGGCAUGAGUCUAGGAUAACUUCAACCAUUUCAAACCUGCAUUCUGAUCCAAGGGAAGAGCUUUUGCCUGGAUUUACGUACAUUGCCAUUGCAUCAAUGACAGGAUCGAUUUUCAGUAAAAAUAGAGGACUUCUGUUGAGAGUUGCUACUCCUUUGGCCCUUGGGGCUGCAUGUUUUGGUUAUGUGUUGCCUAAAACUUUCAGGAACACCGUAGGUCUGCUGCACAGCAUUGAGGCAGAAAAGUUUCCUACUAUGGUGGCAAGACAAGAUGCUGCUCUUUUAAAAGCUGAACAAUUAAGUUGCAAGACUGCACAUGCACUAAACAAGAGUGCACAAGCCCUGUCUUCUUCUGUAUAUAAGGCACAACAUUACGUGAAAAAAUGCACCGGCUUAAAUGUUAUCGAUUAA